AUGGGGUGCAUGGAACGAUGGUUCGGGAGAGCCGUGAAAAAAAAGGACGCCCAUGGAGCUGGCAUCUGCCACCUGUGUUUGGCAGGCUGCCCUGGCUUCCCCUUCCAUGCUAUCGAUCGAGAAGCAGAGUGGAGAAACACUGUAUUGACAGUGUGUCCAUUCAAAGCGCCAUCGCCUUUGUCAUGCCUACCGAACUAUGGACCCAUGCUCUACCGCUUUGAUGUGUUCCAUACGGCCCAUAAAGGAAUUCUUGCUGAAUUGGCGGGCAGUGCACUAGUGGUGCUGAUAGAUCUUCACUUGGUUGGCCCUGGAGAUGUGCCGGCGCAACUCAAGAUUCUCUACAAUGACAUGGCCUCCUUCUGCAAGUCAUCCAAAAUUCCGCUGCAUGCCGAUACCUUGACUCGGACGUUGGUAGGCUUUGGCAAGGAUUCCGACUUUCCAGUUGGGUGCUGGUUCAAAGGAGCUGACACACGUGCAGCUUGUUCCUUUCUGGAAUGGAGGUACCAGCAGCACCUGCAAAGCUCAAACUGCCCGUGCAAAGAGUACAUGACAAGUAUUUACAACUGCAUACAAGCUGCGAAUGCAUGCCUCCGGUGCAUGUACUCACAUGGACUCUGGGUUUCGCCGGCAGAUGCUGGAACAAUCCUACGAUGCGGCUACGACACUAUGCGCCACUAUCUGGACGCUGCGAGCAUGGCUCUGUCUAUGCGCAAAACGAGAUUCAAGUUAACUCCGAAGCUGCAUGCAUUUAACCAUUGCAUGGACUACCUCCUCCAAAACCCCUCUGCCAAAUGGCAGCUCAAUCCAUGCGUCUUCUCUACACAGCAAGAUGAAGACUUCGUCGGCAGAAUCAGUGCCUUGAGCUGUGCGGUGUCAGUCAAGUCGGUACACCGGCAGGUCAUGGCGCGAUAUUCUGCCCAAGUGAUGCGUCACUGGCAGACUGUGUGCGAUGGGCAGGCAAAAGAUCGCUGUGGGUUAAGGGUUUGUCUUUGCUAG